AGCACAUCUAAGAAAGGUUUGAAUCUUGCAGGAUCUGAAAUCUUAUGAAACUCAUCAUAUACAAUCCAGGCAAUAAUAUAAAGAGAGACGGGACAUAAACACUAUUGGGAUAAUGCACAAGUACUCUCUCUGCCUGAAAACUUCAUUUCUCCUAUUUGUUCUUCAAGUGUGUUUUUCAGGCUCAAACAAAAAUAAAUGGUCAUUCACAUUCCCAGAAAUAAUUCCAGCACUGAAGCAUUCUAAUGUGGUGAUUCCCUGCACAUACACUGCCCCAUCUGACCACGGAGAGGUCCGCCUGAUAUGGUUUAAGUACAAGUUAAUGGGAUACCCACAGAUAUACAAUGAUGAAAACCCAUCUAAAGUAGCUAAAGAAUACAGCGACCGCACGUCGCUUGUAGAGAAUGGAACUAACAGCUGCUCAUUAAAAAUCACUGAUGUGAGAGAGACCGAAUGGUAUUACCCAGGAAUAAGUGAAGAUAUAAAUUCCUACGACCUGAAUGAUAAGCAAUCUGUCAAGGUGAAAGUAUCAGGUUGCUAUGAAGACUCAUCGUGCAGGGAUUGGAGUUUUACUAUCCCUUACUCUAUAGAUGCAUUGAGAGGUUCAUGUGUAGAGAUCCCCUGCACGUUCUCCCAUCCCACACAUGCUAAGGAUUAUAACUUCUUCUGGUACUUGUACAGACGCACAGGCUUACCUCAGAUCUUCAAUAACAGAACCCCUGAUGAUAUUAUAGACGAGUACAGAGGACGGACAUUUCUUGUGGGAAACACAAGCCGGAGCUGCUCACUGAUUAUCAAUAAUGUGCAGACAAAAGAAGGAUACUUUCCUGGUGUAAAUAUAGAUAUAAACUCCUAUGAAAUCAAUAAUGGAAAGUUCACCAGAGUGUUUAUCACAGAUAGCCCACGUAAACCAUUAAUAACAGGAACUGAAGACAUGGAAGAAAAGAAGACAUGUAAACUUGUCUGUUCCGUAAAUCACACCUGCGCCUCCAGACCCCCGACUAUUACAUGGAAUAAAGUUGGACAUGAGAUAACGGUGAGGCAUGAAGAACUGUCUCGGGGAAUUUGGAGGAUCGAAAGUGAAAUGAGUUAUAUCCCUUCCUAUACAGAGGAUAACACACAGCUGGAAUGCACGGCUACAUUCCCCAAUAACAUAACAUCAGUUCAGUCAGUAACCCUGAAUAUUACAUAUGGUCCAAAGAAUACAACUAUUUCAAUAGUUGGAAACAUGGAGACAGAGGAAGGGGAUAAUGUGACCUUAAGGUGCACCAGUCGUGCUAAUCCUCCUGUAACAAAUUACACGUGGUACAAGAUUGGAGAUUCCAAGAUAUUACUACAGGAACGUGAUGAUACAAUUACUGUGCAGAACCUGACCUCUGAGAAAUAUAUCUGCUCUGCAAGCAAUGCAAUGGGAACAGCAGAGUCACAAAUGUUUCAGUUUACCAAUCAAUCUGGAAACGGAAAUGAAUACCUUCCUGUGAUAAUAGGAAGUGCGGUUGGACUCGGGGUCCUAACUUUGCUAAUCAUCAUCAUUUGCGUUUGUAACAGAAGGAUAAAAAAAUCAUCUGUAUCAAAGCAGACUGGAACUGAGAAAAACAUUAAGGAGGAGAUAUUACUGGAUAAUCGUGUGUACGCGAACGUGUCUAUACAGCAGAACAUACCAGAAGAACGUUCCACCAGAUCACAGGAAUACUGUAAUAAUGAGAAAGAACAUGACCCAGCUACCAACCAGACCAUGGAGAAACAGAAUGAGGAGACAGAUGGUAUUUUGUAUACUUCAGUUGACUUACCUCCAACGAAUCAAGUCCUGAUACAACCAAAGUGUACUGAGGAGGAAACAGAAUAUUCAGUUAUACAACAUUAAACAUCUCUUAGAUAUUA